CCUACCCUGAAUAUUCACAGGUUAGGUUUUCUGCCCUGUUGUCUUUUUCUGUUUAUUUUCUUUCUGUUUCUUUCACAUCGUCAUACUUUUGGAGUAUGCAAACUGUGAUAAUUUUCCGCAGGUGUUUAUUAUGCUGCUAAAUUUUAUCGAUCUCAGUCAUCACUGGACUGCCAGCACCUAGACGAGCCAUUGUUCAGGGGAGGAAAAUGCAGGGAGGAUUGGCGUCUCCUGUUGUGAUCCGUGGUUAGGUUGCGCCCGUUUGAAUCUUUUUCUGAAUCAUACCACUGUCUUCCUCCCUACAGGCAGAUUAAUGAUCGCCGAGCAAUCUUGAUAUCGUUGUGCCGUACUCCCAUGGACCCCUUUGCACAGCAGCGCGGUAAUUCUGAGCCAACGAAUACUUAUCUGAUCUUGACGACGACACCAGGCAUUCCAUUCGAGCAGGCCAUGACAGGCAGUCAGGGUGGUGUUAUUUUUGUUGAACCGUCAGCCGUCAUCCCUCCAGGCCCACCAUCACCGCAGACGUCCAGCGGUACGACGGUGACGCCUGGCUCAUCCAGUCCGCCGUUGCCUCCCAUUCCCCGCGCUCGGCUGGCCACAUGGACCUUCUCGCCCGAUUCGGGCUACUCCGACCAGCUGGCCUCCCCAACCGGUCCCGACAGCCCUAAUCCAGUCUUCGGUGCAGCCUACAAGCGCAAAUUCAAUAGCACUGAAAAUCUGAAUCUCAAGGCUUCCACUGGUAAGCCAACCCGCCAGUAUACGCUUCCGGAUAUUGACAGCGAAGAUAUGGGAUACACGGAGUCUGAAAUUCUUACGCCAGCCAGGCUCGCUAGCUUGUUUACGCCUACCGCUAAGAAAUGGCCACAAUUUCCCUCUCGCCUAGGCCAGACGGAAAUUGCUAUCGUUCGGCAACCAGAAGCCCAACAUCGACCACGAUAUGAAACAGAGGGCAGUCGUGGUAGGAUAAAGGAUCGUACCGGAACAGCCUCACCGGCAGUGCAGUUGAAAGGAUUUAACGGAAAUUCUGCAAUUCUGCACGUUUUCAUUGGAGAGGAAAGGGAUCCCGUUGCGCCCCAUCCACUUUACAAAGUCUGUAAGGUGAACAAUAAACAUUCAGCGCCAGCGAUCAUACGGAAACUGGAUAACAGAACAACUGUUCUGGAAAUGGCAUUCAGUGCCAAAGAUAACUGGACUUUAUCUGUGGAUUGCGUUAGCAUAAUGAAGAUGCGAAAUGCUGACUUUGAGGAAAUGACAACCGAUCCCGAAGAUCUUAAGAAGACCAAACGAAAAGCCGGAAGCCCUAAAAUUCGUCUGAUUUUUCGAGCCAUAUGCGCGAAUAAAAAUGGUCAAGUGCAAGUGUUACAAGUGGCUUCGUCACCGAUCUCAUGCUGUGCUACGCCAGGGUUACCAGAAAUAACCUUCGUUUCUCAUAAAACGUGUCCCGUGGUGGGAGGCGUGGAUGUGGUCGUUAUUGGCAAGAACUUCAUCAAGAACGAUACCAAACUGAUUGUUAUGGAAAAGAAUAAUGAUGACGACGUUGUAUGGCAAAGUGAGGCAUUGCUAAGAAAAGAUAAAUUCAAUCCGGUACAUCUUGUGGCAUCCAUUCCGCCCUACAGAGACCUUGCUAUUUCCAAGCCGGUCGAUGUGUGCUUGGUGGUGAAAAAUGGGGAUGGUAAACAAAGCGAACCGCACAAACUGCAGUAUACGCCAGACGAUAAUUUAUUGCGAGAACCGACACCACCUCCUCCACCCAGUGUGCUUCCCUCAACCUCUGCUGUGAUUCCCAAGAGUGUGGUUCUAUCGUCGCCCUCGUCUACUCAAUCUGCUCAAAUUUUUCAACCUUCAGUGUCAACCGUCAGCAGCCCGACGACGGGCAUGACCAGUAACUGUGUGCACUAUUGCUUGCAACUUCCUGGAUCUCUCCAGCCGUUAAUCAUAACUAUUCCCCACGCGGAAGGUGCAACUAUGCAUCCACCCAUUGUAUCAGCGGUCGAGCAACCGCCUUUUGCCAGUCAUUCGGGCAUGGAGCAGCGCCAUUACGCCCUCCAAGACGAUACCCCAGCCGAUUACGAUACACCUACCAUCAAUUUGGUGGACUACCUGCAGUCGUCCCAAGCGGAAUCUCUUAGUGAUUACCCGUCGACAUCGGCGGACGCGGAGCUGUAUGAGCGGCCAGAGAGGACAGAGACCGCGCAAACAGCCGAGGAUUCCGAGCAGGCGGUGUUUGAUGAAUUGCUGAGGGAGAUUUUGGGACCGGAUCAGCCGUCCAACACACAGGCGCUUGAUGCUUUGCUGCCAAAUGUUGCUGCUUGGUCGACUAACAAUGAGUCCGAGCGUGACGAAACCAUGGACACAAGUGAUUACAGUCCCUGGAAUUAGUGAAUGAUCCUUCUGUCCCUUGACUCUCUAUCUCUCUGUUUCAGAUAUAUAUUUUUGUUGUUUUUUGUGUGUUAUUUUGUCCGUGGCCUGUUAUGAAGAACAUUUGUUUUUUGAGUUUUUCUCGUAUGUGGUGAGGGUUUUCUGGUCAAUCUGGGUACUGUUAAUGGUACUACAGAUGGCUUUGAUAAACCGGCGCUUUCAUAGUUCAAUUAGAAACGUACGUUGCAUAUGCAUAUUAAUUUUUCGAAUCUUGGGUGGGAUUUGAUUGUUUAUUGUUGUCUCCUCUCUCUGAUUGCAUUUCUUGACUGUGCACGGUGGAUGUGCUGGAUUGACUGCACUAAGCAUACGGGAUGAUACUAGUAGCACAACUGCAAAAUUUAUAAAGAAAAAGAUAAUAUUA